AUGGACAACCAGACAGAAAAUAUCAACAAUGCAAUUGAUCAAGCAAAAGCUGGCAGACCAUGGAAUGAAUCAUUAUUUGGCUGUUUUGAUGAUAUCGGUAUAUGUUUUUGGGGAUUCUGCUGCCCAGCAUCGUCGUUUGGUAGAAAUGCUGAAAAAAUCGACGGUAGUAGUUGUGUAGGAUGUUGUGCUGCAUAUUGUGUGUUGGCUCAUUGUUCUUUAUGUUGGCUACCACACAUGAUGAAACGAAAAGUAUUACGUCAAAAAUAUCUUUUGAAAGAAGAACCAUGUCAUGAUUGCCUUGUGACUGCUUUUUGUGGACCGUGUGCUAUUUGUCAAGAGGCUCGAGAACUGAAGAGUAGAGGUGGAGCACAAGGUCGUCCUAACAUAUUUCCCGUACGUGCUCAACCAGUGGCUUAUCGAAAAUAA